ACGUUAAAUCCGCAUGAAAAUGUCUUUAUAUCAAAUGAAAUAGCAAAUAUUGACCAUUUUGAUGAUUUUGUCAUCCUCACAUGAGGUGGUCAAAUAAUUUUUUUUGUAGGUCUAGCUAGUAUUUUAAAUUUAUAAUUUGGCCAAUAGACAAUGGCAGACUUUUUAGCAGAAAACAAUCAAUGUGGCCAGAAUGCCCUGCGACUUGCUUCAAGAGGCAAUGCAAUUAUAGCAGAGUUACUUCGACUAUCUGAUUUCAUUCCAUCUGUGUUCCGCUUAGAAACACAGCAAGAGGUGGCCAAAUAUGGUGAACUCGUUGCAGAUUUCAGCUACUUUAAAAGUGCAGAUUACUUUGAAAAUAAGAUAGAGACAAAGACGGAACUUCAAGACUUAGAUGAGGAAUUCAGAGAAAAUCAUAUUGAGAUUUUGACAAGAUUUUACCAAGCCUUUUCAAGUGUGCAUAAAUAUGUGACAGAUCUUAAUAGAUUUUUAGAAGACCUAAAUGAAGGGGUGUAUAUACAGCAAACACUAGAGAGUGUGUUACUAAAUAAUGAUGGCAAACAACUUAUGUGUGAAAUAUUGUUCCUGUAUGGUGUAAUGCUCCUCAUUAUUGAUAUGAAGAUAGAAGGAACAAUUAGAGAGAGAAUGAUGGUCUCCUACUAUAGAUACAGUGCUCAGAAAGCAUCAGCUGGAGAUUCAAACAUUGAUGAUGUUCUUAAGCUACUCAGAAGUACAGGAUACUCCAGUGCAGCAGGUGCAAAGAGACCACCAAACUAUCCUGAGUCUUUCUUUGCGAGAGUACCUAUAGAUGACGAGUUUAUCAACAUGGUGAUUGGUCGGCUGAGGUCAGAUGAUAUAUAUAACCAGAUAGCCUCAUACCCCCUACCGGAACAUCGCUCGACGGCACUGGGCACACAAGCUAGCAUGUUGUAUAUACUGCUAUACUUUGAUCCAGAGAUACUGACAAACCAACCUGCUAAAAUGAGAGAAAUUGUCGAUAAACAUUUUCCAGAUAAUUGGGUUGUAAGUGUGUACAUGGGUAUAACAGUGAACCUACUGGAUGCUUGGAGCCCAUACAAAGCAGCAGUCACAGCACUUAACAAUACUCUAGACCAGAGUAAUGUUCGAGAACUGUCCAUUAAAUAUGCGACCAAAGUAACAAAACUACACCCAGUAUUAGAUAAGUACCUAAAGGAAGGAGUUUUAGUAGAGGAGUUUAUACUGGACAGUAUACCUAAACUUCUCAAUGUCAUGAGAGAUAGUAAUGUUACUCUACGCUGGCUGAUGUUACAUACAUGUGCUCUCUCUCCAAGUGCUGAAGCAAAUAAGAGAUGCAAACAGCUUAGAGAUCAAGUUCUUUCUGACAGUAAAUAUAGUCCACUAGCAGUGUUCCAACUUCUUCUUAAUACAGCUCAGUUUGAAUUUAAACUGAAAGAGAUGUUUAAGCAGAUGCUGGAAGAAAAGAAGAACAAGUGGGAGGUUUACAAGAAGGAAGGAACUGAACGAAUACAGGAGCUCAGUGAUGUCUUCUCUGGUACUAAACCAUUAACCAGGGUUGAGAAAAAUGAGAACUUGCAAGCCUGGUUUGCUGAGAUGGCCAAACAGAUAGACUCGUUGAAUUAUGAUGAUUCUACAUCAGCAGGAAGGAAAAUUGUACAACUUAUACAGGCCUUAGAAGAGGUACAAGAAUUUCAUCAGUUAGAGAGUAAUCUACAAGUACGUCAAUUCCUGGCAGAUACUCGGAAAUACCUUCACCAGAUGAUACGUACAAUAAACAUUAAAGAAGAAGUUCUCAUUGCCAUUGAGAUAGUAGCAGACCUGUCAUAUGCAUGGGAAAUUAUUGACAGUUACACCAGCUAUAUGCAGCAGGGCAUUAAGAGAGAUCCUACUCUAGUCAUUAAACUUAGGGCUACAUUCUUAAAGUUGUCAUCAGCUCUAGAGUUACCAUGUCUACGUAUCAACCAAGCUCAAAGUUCUGACUUGAUGAGUGUCUCACAAUAUUACUCUGGUGAAUUAGUAGCCUAUGUCAGAAAAGUCUUACAGAUUAUCCCACAAACUAUGUUCAGCCAGCUGGCUAAGAUUAUUACAUUGAUGACCAGUCAGAUUAGAGAGGUUCCUACCAGGCUGGAGAAAGACAAGAUGAAAGAAUUUGCCCAGUUAGAGGACAGAUAUCAGGUUGCCAAGUUGACACACUCUAUAUCAGUUUUCACUGAAGGUAUUAUGAUGAUGAAAACUACUUUAGUAGGAAUUAUAAAGAUUGAUCCAAAGCAGUUAUUAGAGGAUGGUAUAAGAAAGGAACUUGUACAACAAGUGGCCAAGGCACUACAUAAUACUCUACAGUUUAACCCAAAAGCCAAGGUGAAUGAGCUGAUACCACGACUUCACAAUCUUGGUGAACAGAUGGAAGGGUUCAGGAGGUCGUUUGAGUAUAUACAGGAUUAUGUGAACAUAUAUGGACUGAAGAUAUGGCAGGAAGAGGUGUCCAGGAUCGUUAAUUAUAAUGUAGAACAGGAGUGUAACAGUUUCUUAAGAACAAAGGUACAAGAUUGGGAGAGUGUGUACCAGUCUACAGCUAUUCCUAUACCAAGAUUUCGACCAGUAGAUGAGAGUGUCAAUUUUAUAGGAAGACUUGCCAGAGAAGUUAUACGUAUAACAGAUCCGAGGACAGCAGCAUAUAUUGAUCCAAUGAAAGCAUGGUACGACAUCAAGACCAAACAAGAAAUUGUCAACAAAACACUCUUUUCUAAAAUACAGAAAGCUGUUGGAACAUUUGGACUGACAGGUUUAGAUAGAUUGUUGUGUUUCAUGAUAGUGAAGGAACUACAGAACUUCAACAGAUUGUUAGAGAGACAAGUGUUUAGAACUAAGGAUAAGUUAUGGCUACUCAUGUUAGAGGACUUGAGCAAGUCAUUGACACCAGUACAAAGUAUUGUUGGAAAUCCAUUGAAAUAUUAUGGUGCAUAUGUGUCAAAGUCUUCGAAAUUAUGGCCUCAGUACUUUGAAAUCAUGCUUAAGGUUGGACAAGUUCAAUUGUUAAGGAAACAAAUUGCUCAUGAACUGAACACAUUGUGUAAAUUUGACUCAAACAAUCUGGCCUGUGCUUUACAAACACUCAACAAUGGCCUGAUGACAGAUAUAGAGGCUCACUAUGCUGAUCCAACAAAGCCCUAUCCUAAAGAAGAGAAUCCUCUCAUGUAUGAACUGACAGGUUAUCUUGAAGCUUCAGGUUUCCAUAACCCUCUUAUGAAGAUUUACAUCACAACAAAACCAGUGCCACAUGUUCCAGUAUUCAUCUUUCUGCUGGUCAUCUCACACAUCCCCAAACUAACAUACAACAAAGCUAUAGGUGGCCUGGUUUGCAAGAAGCCAACAGAUCCAUUAGAUGCCCCUCCAUUUGUGAUGGCUGUAUAA